UGUAAGUGUAUGUGUUACAAUGGAACAACUCAAGCAUAUUAAAUUUGUAAGUGAAAAAUUGUUUAAUGUAAUUGAACCAACAACGCUACUUAAUAAUAGAGUUUUUAUGCAUGUUAUAAACAAAUUAAAAUUAUUUACAAAUAAUAAACGUAGAGUCUUCCUGACCGGUGGUUUUUUAUGUUUUUUGUUAAAUUUGAGUAAUUCAUAUAACGACAUCGAUUUUUUCUUUGAGGGGGAUGUACAUCCUGGUGAUUUUGAAUUAUGGAAAUCACGAACAGUUAAUAACAAGUAUAACGAAGAUCGCUUUAAAUGUGUUUAUUUUAAAGAAGAUGGUAUUUUAUAUAAUUUUAUCUACUUGAAAGACUUUUCUUUUUUAACAACUAUGGAACAAUUUAUAACAUCAAUUUUAAAUAGCUUUGAUAUGGAUUUUUGUAAGAAUGCAAUUUAUUUAGAACCUUAUCAUAACGGAUUUAAUUAUUAUCUUAUUAGAUUUAAUUUUUGCGAUAUGUGGGUUCGUGAUAACCUUAAUAUAAAUUCUAGAAUGGACAAGUAUUUAAAUCGACUAAAUAACUUUGAUCUUUAUAUUGGAAAUCCACAAAAAUUAUCUUUAUUAAGUUUGUUGGAAGUUUCUAAAACGCAGGAAAAGGAAGCAAACAAAACUCUUGUACAUAAAAAAAACAACGAGGUCAACACACAGAGGGAGAAAUCUUGUCCAAUACAUAAGAAACACGAAAUCAACAUACAGAGGGAGAAAUCUUGUUCAAUUCAUAAGGACCACACACACACGCACUUUGUUAUUAAAAUUAGAAAAGCUUUAAAUUCAAGUAUUAUUAAAGUUAAUUCAAUUUUAUAUGCUAAUUUUAUUCAACCUAGUACUCAUGAAACCGAUUUAAAACAUUUUAUAACACCAAAUGAAAUAAUUGAUUUAGGAACCGAUUUAAAAAAAUGGUUUAAUGAAAACAUUGUAGAUAAAUUAACAGUAAAGCUAGAAGAUUUUCAAGAACGUGAUAGCGGAUGGAGUUUAUUGGAAAUAGCAGGUUUAAAAAUAAACAUAAAUAAAUUUUGUCCUAUAAGUGCGGGGGCUUUUGUAGAACUACCACAGUUUAUUAAAAAUAAAAAGGCGGUUUUAAACAUUAAAAAUAAUGAUAAAUAUUGUUUUUUAUGGUGUAUUGUCGCAUCCUUGUUUCCCAAUGCCGGCAACCCCUCUCGUACUUCAAGUUAUCCUGAUUUUAGAUCAGUUUUAAAUUAUGAAGGUAUAGAUUUUCCUAUAAAAUUCAAAGAUAUAAAAAAAUUUGAAAAUUUAAAUAAUUUAUCAAUUAAUGUUUAUUGUGUAGAGAAUGAUACUGUUCUACCGGUUGUUUUAAGUAAACGUAAAACACCUAGUUAUAUAAAUUUGUUGGCAUUAUCAACAAACGCAAAUCCAAGAGAAAAUAUAUUAAAAUUUACACAAUAUCAUACCAAACAAAUAGUACCGUUUGUUGUUUACGCUGAUAUUGAAUGUAUUUUGAAACCAUGUAAUUUUGAUUUAAAUAAAAACUCAUUUAAUGUUCAUAAACAUAUUCCUUAUAGCGUUUCAUAUUAUCUUAAAUGUACAUAUGACGAUUCUUUAUCCAAAUUUAAGUUGUAUCGAGGAGAUGAUUGUAUAAUAUGGCUUGUUUCAGAAUUUAAAGAAAUUGCAAUGAAAUUUAAAAAUAUCCCCGAAAAACAAAUUGAUCCUUUAACCAAUUUUGAAAAAGAGUUGUUUAAAAAUGCUACUCACUGUCACAUUUGUGAGGAAACAUUUAAACCAAACGAAGAAAAAGUAAAAGAUCAUUUUCAUCUUGCUUCAGGUUGUAAUGAUAUAAAUUCUGAAAAAACCAAUUACAGAGGUCCGGCACAUAGCUUGUGUAAUUUACAAUUUAAAAGAAUUAAAACUAUCCCAAUAAUUUUUCACAAUCUUAGUAAUUAUGAUUCUCAUUUUUUAAUUAAAGAAUUAUUAAAUCAAUAUGAAGGACAUUUAUCUAUAUUACCAAGCACCAAGGAAAAAUACAUUUCUUUUUCAAAAUUUGUUAAAGAAGCUAACAUUUAUCUUAGAUUUAUAGAUUCGUUUAGAUUUUUACCAGAAAGCUUGGAUACAUUAAGCUCUCAAUUAGAAAACUCUGAAAAAAUAAUUACUAAAGCACAUUGUCAAAACGAAGACGAAUUUGCAAUACUUUGCAAUAAGGGUAUAUUUCCAUAUGAAUAUAUUAACUCUUGGGAUAAAUUAAAUGAGGAAAAAUUACCAGAAAGAAAUUGUUUUUUUAGUUCUUUAAACGAUUCGCAUAUUACGGAUAAGGAAUAUGAAAGAGCAUUAAAAGUUUGGCAAGGUUUUAAUAUUAAAAAUUUAGGGGACUAUAGCGAUUUAUAUUUAAAAACUGAUGUACUUUAA